AUGACACUUUCAAAGCUAUCUACUCUCCUGGCCUCUGCCUCCCUUGUUGCAGGCCAUGGCUAUGUCUCCAGCAUCGUAGCUGAUGGCAAAAGCUACACCGGGUACCUCGUUGACAAGUACGCCUACAUGUCAGACCCCCCUGACAGUGUCGGUUGGACAACAACAGCAACCGACCUCGGUUUCGAAGACGGCAGCGAAUACCAAGAUCCGAACAUAAUCUGUCACCGAGAUGGAGCCAACGCAGCUUUGAGUGCCACUGUCACCGCUGGCUCCAGCAUUGACAUCCAAUGGACAACCUGGCCAGACUCACACCACGGCCCUGUGAUCACGUACCUCGCCUCGUGCAACGGUGACUGCAGCACAGUGGACAAGGCCACGCUGGAAUUCUUCAAGAUUGAAGAAGAUGGUCUUAUCGAUGGCACGAAUCCUCCUGGCACAUGGGCUACCGAUGAUCUGAUUGCUGCAGGGGGUAAGUGGACUGUCAAGAUCCCUUCUACUAUCGCUGCGGGUAAGUAUGUCAUGCGCCAUGAGAUUAUCGCUCUGCACUCUGCUGGCCAGUCGAAUGGCGCCCAGAACUACCCGCAGUGCUUCAAUUUGGAGGUCACUGGUGGUGGAAGUGAUGCACCUGCUGGCACGCUUGGUGAGAAGUUGUACACCAAUACUGAUCCCGGCAUCCUGUUCAAUAUUUAUUCUACCCUGACCUCGUAUGAUAUCCCGGGACCCGCUUUAUAUGCCUAA